GGCAGUUCCGCUCCGGGAAGGCGAGGUCGGGCCGAGCCUGCUCCGAGUGAGUUUUGCCUUCCCAGAUCUCUGCCUUUCCCCAGAAGGAAGAGGAGAAAAAUGACCAAGUUCCAGGAGGCAGUGACCUUCAAGGACGUUGCCGUGACCUUCAAUGAGGACGAGCUGGGGCUGCUGGACCCCGCCCAGAGGAAGCUGUACCGGGACGUGAUGCUGGAGAACUUCCGGAACCUGCUCUCUGUGGGGCAUCCAUCCUCCAAACCAGAUAUGAUAUCCCAGCUGGAGAGAGAGGAAAAGCUUUCACUGAAGGAGACUCCAGCUCAGAGAGGUGGGCCCUCAGGGGAGAACUGGGCAGCUCGAGGCCUCGCAGGAGGCAGCAGUCAGAAUGAGAGGAAAACUCUUCCUGAAGCAGGAGUCAGGUGCAUUUCCUUGGGAGAGCUUUCAUGCUGGCAAAUCAAGAAACACACAAGCAAAUUAACCCAAAGUCAAGACUCCAUGAUAAAUAUUCAAGGAAAGAAUUCUCAGUUCCCCCAACAAUGUAAUCCCCCCUGUGAAGCGGGAGCCAGAGUAUCCAUUCAAGCUUAUGUGGAUGACAGCUGUGUAAUGAAUCUUAUAGAGGAUCAGUCCAACAUUACUGAAAAUCAAGAAUUUCCAACUGGGACAGCUCAGAAUUCUUGGAGUAAAAUAUAUCUGAAUGAGACACAGAAUUAUCAGAGAAGUUGUGAGCAGACUCAGCUGAAAAGCAGAUUGUGUAUAUUUGCUCCAUAUGUUGACAUUUUCAGUUGUGUUUCACACCCUGAUGCUGACACGGUCGACAAAAGAGAUGAAGCUCAUGGCAACAGAGACUGUGGGAAAGACAUGGUGAAGGCAUCACCUCUUGCCCAGCACAGUGUAAUCCACACAGGACAGAGCACCUACCCAUGCAAUGAACGUGAAAAAGCCUUCAGUGGUGGCUCCAGGCUGGAACUUCAUCAGCAGGUUCACUUGGGAAAGAUGUCCCCUGCAUAUGGUGCCCAUGAGGAGGACGCCAGUUACAAUUCAGCUAUUCCCAUUCAACAGAGUGUUUGCACAGGAAAUAAACGCUAUUGGUGUCAUGAGUGUGGGAAGGGUUUCAGCCAGAGCUCAAACCUGCAGACUCAUCAGAGAGUCCACACAGGGGAAAAACCCUAUUCGUGCCACGAGUGUGGGAAGAGCUUUAACCAGACCUCACAUCUUUAUGCCCACCUUCCUAUUCACACAGGAGAGAAGCCCUAUAGGUGUGAAAGCUGUGGGAAGGGCUUCAGUCGUAGUACAGACCUCAAUAUUCACUGCAGAGUUCAUACUGGAGAGAAACCUUAUAAAUGUGAGGUGUGUGGGAAGGGCUUCACUCAGAGAUCGCAUCUUCAGGCCCACGAAAGGAUCCACACUGGAGAGAAACCAUAUAAAUGUGCAGAUUGUGGUAAACGCUUUAGUUGUAGCUCAAAUCUUCACACCCACCAGAGAGUCCACACAGAAGAGAAACCGUACAAAUGUGAUGAGUGCGGGAAGUGCUUUAGUUUGAGCUUUAAUCUUCAUAGUCAUCAACGCGUCCACACGGGAGAGAAACCCUAUAAAUGUGAAGAGUGUGGAAAGGGUUUCAGUUCCGCCUCAAGUUUCCAGAGCCAUCAGAGGGUUCACACAGGAGAGAAGCCAUUUCGGUGCAAUGUGUGUGGUAAAGGCUUCAGUCAGAGUUCCUAUUUUCAAGCCCACCAGAGGGUCCACACUGGAGAAAAACCCUACAAAUGUGAGGUCUGUGGGAAGCGCUUCAACUGGAGCUUGAAUCUUCACAAUCAUCAGAGAGUCCACACUGGAGAGAAACCCUACAAAUGUGAGGAGUGUGGGAAGGGUUUCAGUCAGGCCUCAAAUCUUCAAGCUCAUCAGAGCGUCCACACUGGGGAGAAACCAUUCAAAUGCGAUGCGUGUCAGAAGAGAUUCAGUCAGGCGUCACAUCUUCAGGCCCACCAGAGAGUCCACACCGGAGAGAAACCAUAUAAAUGUGACACGUGUGGGAAGGCCUUCAGCCAGAGGUCCAAUCUACAAGUCCAUCAGAUCAUUCACACCGGAGAGAAACCAUUUAAAUGUGAGGAGUGUGGAAAAGAAUUCAGUUGGAGUGCAGGACUCAGUGCUCAUCAGAGGGUCCACACAGGGGAAAAACCCUAUAUGUGUCAGCAGUGUGGCAAGGGCUUCAGUCAGGCCUCACACUUUCACACACAUCAGAGGGUCCACACUGGAGAGAGACCGUAUAUCUGUGAUGUGUGUUGUAAGGGUUUCAGCCAGAGAUCACAUCUCGUAUACCAUCAGAGAGUCCACACCGGAGGGAAUCUGUAGAAAUGUGGCGAGCAGUGUAGCCUUCAGUCAGACUUCACAUCUUCCUGUCCAUUGCAAAGUCUGUGCUGAUCCCUGUGGAGCGUUCCUUCCGAACUCAGAAGCUUCAGGGAAUCUUUGCGGGAAAGAAGCUCCAUAAAAUGCUGUGUUUUAAGGAUUCCAGUGGGAGAUUGUUUACAAACAUCAGAGUUCACAGAUGAAAGAAAACCGACUCUAGAAAGAUGGUCAGUGUUUGUACCACAGUUCUGAAUGUCCCAGUUCUCAAACAGAAGAGUCUGGAAAUUCACCGGAAUCUGCCCAGGAGAUGGCUUAUCAAUGAAGAUUUGGGGCAGGACUUUAGCAAAAGGAUAAUGAUCGACAAAACUGAUGUCCACUACAAUGGAACCUCCAUGUAGGAGCGAUGGUUUCCAGCCCUGUAUCUCUACCAUGUAGAACUGGGCUUGGCUCGCCAUAGCUGCCCAGCCAUUGCUAAACCAAGUGCAGAAAAUCCCUAUAAUUAGGACAAAUAGUUGGAAAUUCUAGUCCUUUCUCUACCCUAAAUUCAUAAUGACGUACUCAAAAGGAAUCCUGCAAGUAGCCUUAAUAAGAUUAAUCUGAGGAAAUACUGAUUGAAGUACAGGAAGUCAUGUGAUACUGCCGUCCACAAUACUAGAAAUUUGGACAAGACUUGUGAAUGGCCACUGUCCCUCCCAGCCUUCCUUCUCUGUACAAUGCACCAUCCGUUGUGUUCAGUGUAAUAUUUAGUAUCCUUAGUUUGUAUUUUACAGACUAAAAAAAUUAAUCUAGUUACAUGAUACUGCAAUUUGUAUGAUUGGAAAUUUUGAACCUUAAUUCAUUAAGGUAGGAGUUUUCUGUACCUCUCUGAAAAAUGUUAAAAGUAGUUACUAAUGAUAAAAAAUUUCUUAGUCAA